AUGCUUGCUACAACUUCUCGAUUUCCGGACAAUCAUUUGGCAAUGCACACUGUUGUACCGUUACCCGAAUGCCCUCAUUUAUCUGAGGUCAGAGAGGUUCCUCCAGAAGGUGUGAAUGCGCAAGCACACUGCUCAGAAUGUGGUUCUGCUUUAGAACAGUGGGUUUGCUUAACUUGUUACCAGGUUAAUUGUAGCCGUUACAUUGAGGGUCAUGCUGUCCAUCAUCAAAUUCGUACUCGUCAUCCAAUGGUAUUGAGUCUGAGUGAUUUUUCAGUUUGGUGUUAUCAGUGUGAGUCGUAUGUUCAUAAUGAGAUACUAUUUCCUGCUAAAAAUUCAGCGCAUAUUUCAAAAUUUGGAGUUCCUGCUAUGGAAGCAAGAACUGUAUUAGGUAGUCCUGGUGAAUAA